AUGCCUCUCCUCCGCCAUACACUCCUCACGACCACUCACAUCAACACCUGCGUGCUACUUCAAGGCCGAUUGGCUAAGGAGGUGGCUUCCCACUCUGCUUCAGCUGUUGUCCCGCCGUCCCCGACUCCCUCUACGUGCCAUACCCCACUCAGCAACGAUGGCCAGGAUACUCCGUCAGCUCUGCACCCGCGUGUAGCUGUCAUUCUCGGAGUAGACCGCAGGUGGUAUAUUCCCCUGCUGGUAUGUCGAGCUCUGAGUACGCUGCCUGCUGCGUGGUGGGGGCUGCGAUGCGCCUUCACCUUCCUCGCCGAGUUGCUGCAUAUCAGGCCAGGUAUGGGACGGGAGGGAUGGACGGCGGCGAUUGUCGGCAGUGUUGGACAGGAAUGGGAUGUUGAGAGGAGGUUCCGCGUGACGGAGGUAGCACUGGCUAUUAUGUGGUGCUGUGCAUCCGCAUAUCUUUCCUAUUUCUUUGCUGAUUGCAUGAUGUCUCGAUGGCUUCUAAACUACACACCACCAGCCGUUGUGAUUCGUCUUCUCACAACCAACGGCCUGAUUGCAUACAUCACUUCUUGGGUUCUUUACCUAUCUGGAGCAUCCUCCGAUCCUCGACUUCUUUUGCCAGCCUGGAUCUCUAUAACAACUUCUCUAACGUUCGUCUAUCAUGCAACACAAAACCACGCGACUAUAAAACGCGAAACGGCAGCAUCAUUACUAGUAGUAUCCGUCGCAAGCUUCCUAAGCAUGUCCUCACUUCUCAUGCAGUUACAUCUAACCCGCGAAAACGAACCAGAGGUUCCAGUCUUCGUCAUCACCCGCAAACUCUGGGACUGGGCCGUGGCCAUCUUCCUGCGCAUGCGAGUCGCGGACGACCGUAUGGCAGCUAGAGAGCUGUAG